GAAAUUUCUGCUUGUUACGUGCAUACCAAUGGCACCGGACUCCUUCUAAUGGCGUUUAACAGUUUUGUUUUUGAGAGACGGUUCGAAAUAGCUGCAAAGCGGUUUGGUCCUUUGUCCAGUAGAUGCAAGGCUCAGCGUAAAGCAGCUUUCAUCAGGCAGUGAGAGUUGGAGAAACACGGCAAGCUUUUGUAACAGUGUCCUUGAAGAAUUCUAACUUGCCACAGGCGACAGUGGAUUCGUUGACAUUCUUCCAGGUUCGACGGCGAGGACUGUUCUUGUUGGUGGGGGUCGUCCUUUCUGUGGAUUGAAAGUUGUUUCGGACCGGACUCUGGUGGUGAAAACUUCUGGCUAGCUCUUUCUUUGCGAAGUUGAAGAAGGCCAGAGCACGGCAAACGUGCGAGGCUAAAACUCCAACAGCAAGAUGUCGCUGACUGUGGUUGUUUCCAAUGCCACGAACCUGCCGAACAUCGAGAAGUUUGGGAAGAUAGACCCACUUGCCAUUGUCAAAUUUGCAGGAUCAAAGAAUGAGACCAAGAAAAUCAGUGAUGAGCUGAAUCCAACAUGGAACGAGACGUUCACGUGGGAUCUUAAAGGCAAACCGCUCACAUCAGCAGACUCUCUUGAAGUAGAAGUCAAAGACCAUGAAAAGAUUGGACGCAACCGGGCCUUAGCUCAAUUGCUAUGCGCCAAGCAGAGCAAUCACUCAGCGGAGAGCAUUGGGGUGUAUCUACGUAAAGUGAAGCAAGCUAUCUCCACAACGGCAGCUCGAUUCUCUGGAUUUAUGCAACACGAUGCGCAAGAGUUUCUCUGUCAGUGCCUGGAUCAACUCAAAGACGACACCGAAAGGGCCAACAAGAGGGCGCUAAACUCCCCCUUGGACGAGACCCCAGGGACGGAUGAUGAUAAAAUUAAACUGAGGUUUCGCUAUACGCACGACUGCCCGAUUGUCAAGAACUUUGAAUUUGAAGUCAUGCACUCGACGAUCUCUCGCUGGACAUGCCCAGAAGGAGGUUUGGCAAUUAUUUUUUCUCUCUUGAGAAUACUCUUUUUUUUUUUUUACUUUCGGCUCUGGCUCAACAAAGUUCUAAAAUAUUUUUUCCGUUUUGUAUUCCUCCCCGUUUUGUGGCCACAUAACAUUCAGUUGGGAGGGUUCUGAUUUUAUGCUAUGAUAUUAUUCUAGAACUCUUGUAUAUAAGAUACUCUCGUAUCUUGUAUAUAAACCUUUAUUUUAUUCCUGAGACGAUGUGAUUUGUUGGGCUGCUUCUAGUGCGGGUGUUGUGCUGACAUUUGUUUCCUUUAGUCUUUAAGUGACUGUUUUAUUGUGUCCUGUAUUGUGCAUUGUAUUUUUAUAAUUGUGUGCUAUGUUACUGGAGUGUUAAAAACAGUACAGGAGAUCUUGUUAAUGUCAUAAUGUAUUCCCUAAUUUUGAACGAUAUAUUGUGUAUUUUGAAUAUCUUUUUAAGCACGAGAUCCAAGGCAAUAUCUAUUGUAAUCUGUACAUGUAUUGAGAAUGUUCUCCUUUUUGGAUUACUUUCGGCUCUUCCUCAAAGUUCUCAAAUGUCAGAAUUUUUUUCCCCACAUACAAGGUAGACUGGACUUCACUCAGACUCGACUGCACCUCAAUAAUUCUGUGUUAGCGAAUGCAUUUAUAUAUCUUAUCUAUCACUUUUUCUAUAAUUUUUAAUUGUUAAUGACUAAUGUUUUAUCUUUAAAUUA